GGCCCAGCCGCCGCCACCGCCGCCGCCGCCGAGCUCCGCCGCCGCCGGGCACCAUGGGAGACGCCGGGAGCGAACGCAGCAAAGCGCCCAGCCUGCCGCCGCGCUGUCCCUGCGGCUUCUGGGGGUCCAGCAAGACUAUGAAUCUCUGUUCCAAAUGCUUUGCUGACUUUCAAAAGAAACAACCAGAUGAUGAUUCCGCUCCAAGUACAAGUAACAGCCAAUCAGAUUUGUUUCCUGAAGAGACCACAAGUGACAACAAUAAUACCUCGAUAACUACACCAACUCUUAGUCCCAACCAGCAGCCGCUUCCGACAGAACUGAAUGUACCUUCACCGAAUAAAGAGGAAUGUGGGCCAUGCACAGACACAGCUCAUGUCUCGUUAAUCACACCAACCAAAAGAUCCUGUGGUACAGAUUCACAAUCUGAGAAUGAGGCUUCACCAGUCAAACGACCACGACUACUGGAGAACACCGAACGGUCUGAGGAAACCAGCCGGUCUAAACAGAAGAGUCGACGUCGGUGCUUCCAGUGCCAAACCAAACUGGAGCUGGUGCAGCAGGAGUUGGGAUCCUGUCGCUGUGGUUACGUGUUCUGUAUGUUACAUCGCCUCCCCGAGCAACAUGACUGUACGUUCGACCACAUGGGCCGCGGCCGAGAGGAAGCCAUCAUGAAAAUGGUGAAACUGGACCGGAAAGUGGGGCGCUCCUGCCAGCGCAUCGGGGAGGGGUGCUCCUGAAGGCCUGGCGCGGCCGCCACGCGACGCUGUUCUUAGUUCACUAAUGUUAGCCUUAUGUAGGACAACGUCAGCCAGACACCUUGUACUGGGCACGCGGCAGACUGCAGCCAGUCCAUUUUCUUUCCUUAGCCAGCCAUCCUGGUACUGUAGUUUAGGGGUUGAUGGUGAAAUUGAUUUCUGGCUGGUUACUAAGGUGCCUGCUAGCCAUUGUAUAAAAUUAAAACAUGAAGAAUAUUUUUUUUGAGCAUGGCUAGUGGACUUAAACCAACAACACAUACCUGUCACUGCUGGAGUCCAACUGAGUAAGCCUUAAGCGGAGAAUGCUCCGGAUGGAGACGCGAGGUCACAGGAAGACGCUGGUGUGAGCUCCCACGACGCACACGGCUUUGCCAGAAACUGUUUAGUGUUUGGCCUUUCACCUCUUCACUUGUCCUUAGCCCAGUAGCCAGGAGACCUGACGGCCACGUGUGCCUUGGCCACAGGGGCUGCUGGGAUUGGCCACGUGGCUGGGCUGGAUGGUAGCCUUGCUCUCCCACAGGGCUGGAAAGAGGGGAGGGGGGAGGUUCUUAGGAUUUUUUUUUUUUACCUGAUUUGCUAAGAAAAACUCAUCACACAAGAGGAGAAACAGUAACCUCACUUUGAAAUUAGCUCCACUCAAGACUAGUCCACGCCCGAAACCCACUUUUCUACACAGGAUCCGCGGUCAUGAGCAGCACCAGGGCGAACCCUGGCCCUGGCGUGCCAUCGGCCAAGUGCAGGGAUCUGGCCGUUGACCAAUAUGGCCGAUGGCAGCACAGCACCUGUGCCUGGGGUCAGACUGGCCUUGCAGCUGGAUUCCAGGUGGGAAGGUUUUUUGUAAAGACGUUUCAUAGCCGCCAGGAAUCAGUAGAGGUGCUGGGAGCAGCUGCUCUCAGACUCUGCCGUUUCCCGUUUCCAGCUGCUGCCUGCUCACCGCAGGCCGACGCUGGAGGACGCUGCCGUGGCCUCCACUCUCCUGUCUAUGCAGCCCCCUCGCCCAGCCAGGGCCAGCCGGGCACACCUGUCACGUGGCAAGUUUAAGGAAAGGCAGCCCGCUCCCCGAAGUCAGUGGGUUGUGACUGGAACAGUGGCUGUGGCCAUGGCCCAGCCUCAAGGAGCAGGGUGUGGGGGGUGGGUGUGGACAGGCCUCUGUUCCCGGGCAGAGCUGAACUCGGGCCGGCCAGCCCACCCCGUGUUCAGAAGUGGUUACCAGUCAGCUGGGCUGGGGCUGGUAGGCAGAAUAGUUAGGAUUCUCUUGAGAGCCUGGAAGUGGGCGAACAGGGCCAGCGUCCCACUUGAUCCAGGCUGGCGAGGUGGGAGGCUCCAGCAGAGGCCGUGUGGAUCCGCCCUCACACAGCUACUGAGGGACUAGCUAAACCCGGCAACUUUCCUUUUUAUAAAGCAACAGAUGGUUGAACUGUGUCUGCAGAGUGACUGCUGGACAUCUGCGACUACAAACGCUUCUUGAUCCGAAAUACUGAAACAGGAAAUCAUGCUCUUCCCUCCCUCCUCCCCCAACCGCCCACCUCCCAACCAGAGUGGAACCCGCUGCAAAAUCUCCAGCCUUAAUUCUCGCUUCAGGACCAGACCGGUGUCUUGCUCUAGGGCAGCCCAGGGCAGAGGGGCCAGGUCUGCCCAGCGUUUACCACUGUUCUGGCCACUCAUUGGCCAUCCUCAGUGAGGUGCCCUGCCGAGGCCCCCUGCCAAGCUCUGAUCCCCAGAGGUCACCCUUGAGCCCUUUCUGGCCUCCUCGGGCCCACCCCAGCCCCAGCCCGUCUGCUGCUUGGAGGCAGCUGGCCACACCUGGAGAACCUGGGCUGGGCUGGGCUGGGCUGGGCUUGUUCCCCUGCAGUGUCUGUUCUGUGAAGUUUGUUAUGUGUAAGGAAAGC